AUGACCCCUGCAGCGCAGGGAAUCGAGAAUCAAGCACCCGCACAGCGGCCAUGGCGCGAAAACCUCAAUAUCCAUAUGACCUGCCCAGAUUGCAAGAUCUUUCCUCCUGACCUCAUUGAAGAUAAUGCAGAUACCAUUUGUGCAAACUGCGGUCGUGUUCUGGCCGAGCGCCUGGUCAGCUACGAGUCUGAGUGGCGAACCUUUAACAACGACGAAAAGGGUGGUGAGGACCCUAACCGUGUAGGUGAUGCUCAGAAUGAGCUCAUGAACAGCGAUACUGGCACGACCAUUGGAGGUGACAGCCGCAACAUGACCAAGCAGGCUCGUAGUCUGAAGAAAGCCCAAGCGAUGCAGAACGAGGAUAAGCACAAUCGAGCUCUUCAAGCAGCCUACAACCAGAUUAAUGUCUGGGCUGACCAAGACCACUUCGCUCAUUCUGUCAAGCUGGAGGCUCAACGCUUGUACAAAACUGCUUACGAUUCACAAAUGUUUCGCGGCAAGAAUACUCAGGCAAUUCUAGCCAGUUGUCUGUUCAUCUCUCUACGCACUCGCGGCACUUCACGCUCAUUUGCCGAGAUCGUGAACUUGACACGAGUUCCGAAAAAGGAAAUUGGCCGUACCUUCAAACAGCUGGAGAACUUCUUCGCAUCUGAUACCGAGAAGAAGAAGGAGAGAAUUCAGGCUGAGGGUCUUGUUGCCGAUAAUUCAGCUGAAUACAUUCCGACCUCUUCUUCUAAUCCUAAGGAUCUAGUCAGUCGCUACUGCGCAAUGUUGGGCUUGCCCUUCAGAAUCAGUGCUGUUGCUAUGCAGUUGGCUAGUAAGAUGAGUGACACUACCGGUCUGACUGGUCGAAGUCCUCUUUCUGCAGCCAGUGCUUGCAUCUAUUUUGCUUGUCAUCUGCUCAGCAAGCCCAAAACUUUGUCUGAAAUCAGCCAGGUUACCAAUGUCAGUGACGCCACUAUCAAGCAAGCCUACAAGAAGCUCUAUGAAUACAAGGACCAGUUGAUCGAAAAGGAUUGGAAGGGACCACAGCAACCCUCCCCCAAAGAUCGCACCAGAGAGAUUCUCUUUGGUGAUCCAUCGAAACUGCCGAAAGCCUCCUUAAUUGCGCUGGCCGCGUCUGUGGUAGCGAGACCAAAGUCGUACGAUGCACAGCCAUAUGCCAAAGCUUUGAAAGCUAGACAAGCUCCGACCAACACGACAGGCCUGGAGGUUGAUCUAGGUUACAGUAUCUACCAGGGCCGUUUCAAUACCACGACCAACCUGAAUGUAUUCACUGGCAUUCGUUUCGCUGCUCCUCCCACAGGCUCAUUGAGAUGGCAAGCACCUGUUGCUCCGCCUGUAGAUCGAGGCGCGCCAAUCUCGGCGUCUUCCUAUGCACCGCAAUGUCCUCAAGCUCCGGACGCCUCGUACAGUAUCGUGGCUGUCAACAACACCGCUUCCAAUGAGGACUGCCUUUUUCUGAAUGUCUGGUCGCCCAGUAAUGUGACUGGACCAUUGCCUGUUCUCGUAUGGAUCCACGGCGGGGGUUACGGCGCUGGCAAUGGCAGGCAAGACAUGUCUUCGAUCAUAAAUACCAACGGCAACCAGUUUGUAGGAGUUAGCAUUCAGUAUCGACUAGCAGCUUUCGGGUUUUUGUCAUCUGACGAGGUUUAUCGAAAUGGUGUGGUGAAUGCAGGCAUCCUUGAUCAACAUUUCGCUCUGCAGUGGGUCCAGCAAUAUAUAUCACAGUUCAAUGGAGAUCCUGCACGAGUAACAAUCUCAGGACUAAGUGCUGGCGGUGGCAGUGUCAUGCUACAGGCGAUGGCCUACGGUGGCUCACUCGGAGAAGCGACCUUUUCCCAAGCUAUUGCCAAUUCACCUUAUUUGCCCAUGCAAUAUGGUUAUAAAGAUUGGAUUCCUUCACAAUCAUAUUAUGCACUUGCAACUGCAGCGGGAUGCCCUGCUACCUUGCCAUACGGCGCCAAUGGCACCCAACCAAUAUGGGAUUGUUUGCUGAAUGUCCCAACAGACACGUUGAUCAAUGCUUCGACUCGGAUAACGCAGUCUGGUACAUACGGUACAUGGGCCUUCCUUCCAGUCACAGAUGGGGUCUUUGUUCAGGACCUGCCUUCUCAACAGCUACUUCGUAAGAGAGUCAACGGGCUCAACAUCCUCACCAGCAACGCUGCCAAUGAAGGCCUUUCCUUCGUUCCUCAACUUAUCUCAAGCGAAGACGAUCUUGUAGCAUGGCUACGCCUGACGUUCCCACUUUUCAGUAACAACGACAUAGCGAAGAUCUUGCUUUACUAUCCCUCGUCUAACGCUACAACCAACAGCUCAGAAGACGUAUUCGCAACCACGGGAGAUUCCGGACCGACAGCUCUCAAUCAAUCGAAUGUAGGUACGGGUCAGCAGCAGCGCGCAAAUAAUAUCUACGCCGAGACAACAUUUAUCUGCCCGAGCUACUGGCUCGCAGAAGCAUACAGCGAUGGCGAUUUUGGUCAAGGAAAAGCAUAUAAAUACCAAUAUAGUGUCUUGCCAGCUACUCAUGGUUCAGAUACCGCAUUGUACUUCAACCCGCCAGGCACCCCUCCAUACUCCCAAAGUUUCAGCCGGACUGUCCAGCAAUCGUGGGGAAAUUUUAUCAUCACUGGCGAUCCGAGCAUAUCACAAGCUGCAGCUAGUGGGCAAAUCAAUGGCUCUAGCCCAAUUACCGACUGGCCACCAUACAGCGUCUACAACCCUUAUCAGCUUGAUCUGAACCAAACAGGAGGCCCGACCACGCGAGUCAAUACCAGUGGCUUGAGUCUAAUCCAACAAACAGGGGAGGGCACUAUUAAUGAUAUCAGGUUGGUUAAUGCUUAUACUUGGGAAGGUGGCAGAGGCACAAGGUGUGAUUUUUGGAGAAGUAUGGGAGAGAUUGUCCCUGAGUAA